UGGGCGCAGGAGCAGGUGGAGUCAACGCUCGGAGGUGAUUACCUUGCGGAGGGAGGAGUGGAGGACCCAUGUUACAUUAGAUUCAAUUUCUUUCAGAUUUUACAAUUUACGGCCACCCCCAUAAAUUUCUGCUCCUAAAUAUCCCAAUCCCGCCACUCUCCAUCUUCUAUCUCCCAAUUCUUCUUCUCCGAAUCCCUUCCAAACCAAAGGACUCUUCAGAUCAUCGCACACAACCCAGAAUUCCUGUUCCCCCUCCCAUUUCCGCCACUGGGGGGGAACGUAUCCACGCCCAAUUGCGCCAAUUCUGCAACUCCAUCCAGGUAACCAACAGCAGUGAAACCAUGACUGCUCUGUCAUCUGUACCUAUGACAAUAUGUUGGUGACUUCCUUUCCCUAGUAUUCUCCCGUAAAAGAUGGCUACAAGAUCUCAUCGGCUCAGUUCUAGACGAAUACGUCUUAAAUAUCUUAUUUUUAUACUUCUUAUGCUUGUUCCGCUCAGUGUUAUUUUUAUUUUCAAUUAUGGGCAAAAGAUUUCUUAUUUCCUCCGCCCCCUUUGGGACAAUCCUCCACACCCUUUUGUACGCCUACCACACUAUUAUGCAGAAAAUGUGUCUAUGGAACACCUCUGUCACCUCCAUGGCUGGUCUUUGCGGUCCAAACCUCGUCGUGUUUUUGAUGCCAUUAUCUUCAGCAAUGAGCUGGAUUUGCUUGAAAUCAGAUGGCGGGAGCUUUACCCACAUAUCUGGAAGUUUGUAAUCCUGGAGUCACAUACCACUUUUACAGGCAAACCCAAGCCAUUACUAUUUGCAGCAAAUCGAGCUAGGUUUGCCUUUGCAGAGAAUAAGACAGUCCAUGAUGUGUUUUCUGGACAUAUUGCAUCUCAUGGAUCACACAGAAACCCAUUUGACCUUGAAUCCAUGCAACGUUUAGCUAUGAAUGGAUUACUUCAACGUGCGGGGAUUUCAAAUGGUGAUCUUUUGAUCAUGUCGGAUACCGAUGAGAUACCGAGCCCACACACUGUGAAACUGCUGCAAUGGUGUAAUGGGGUGCCUCCUGUAGUCCAUCUGGAAAUGAGGAACUACAUGUAUUCGUUCGAGUUCCCUGUGGACUACAGCAGCUGGCGAGCCACGAUUCACAUAUAUGGUCCACAAAGUCAUUACAGGCAUUCUCGCCAAACCGAUCUUAUAUUCUCUGAUUCUGGAUGGCAUUGUAGCUUUUGUUUUAGGAAUAUUCAAGACUUUGUAUUCAAGAUGACAGCUUAUAGUCAUGCAGACCGUGUAAGGCGGCAAGAUUUCCUGAAUUAUUCAAGGAUACAGAAGCUCAUUUGUCAGGGAGACGAUCUCUUUGAUAUGCUUCCUGAAGAGUACACCUUCCAGGAGUUGAUCAAGAAGAUGGGAUCAAUACCACGUUCCUCAUCUGCAGUUCAUCUUCCUGCAUACUUGAUAGAGAAUGCAGACGAGUUUAGAUUCCUGCUUCCUGGAGGCUGUGUAAGGAGCUCAGAAAACAGCAUCCCAGGGUUGAAUAAGCAUCCGUAGAAUCGAUGCCUUGCUCGAUAGUUAGCUUAUUUUUCGUUUAAAUUCCGCUUCUGCAGGAGGAUGUGAAUAUCUAGCUAGAACAGCAGCACAGGCUCUCUAUUUUUAGUUUACUCGCAAUGCUACCUGAAAAUGGGAGUAGACUGAUAAUUCAUAGUUGGUGUUUUUGUUUAUACACAAGUUGUUGCUAACAGGAAAGUCUAAACUGUAACUCAGAGAGAGUGGUAUUAUUGUUUUAUUCUACUGAUUUUUGCAUGAGUUUGGGAGAGAUAGUGAUUGAAAUGUUGUUCUGUAA